ACUUCUCAUCAUACUGGUGUAACCAGCAGGCAUUAUAUAAAACACGUGACUUUGAACGGGCUCGUUUAUUCUGCCAGCUCUGUUUUAUUGUUUGCAACAAGAUAAUUGCUUACAGGAAUUGGAACAAUGAAGUUUUUAAUUUUGUUGUUAUUUACCUUGUACACGAUUAGUGCUUUACAUCCGUUUUCUGAGGAGGACGAAUAUCACUUUAAGCUAUGGAUGUCACAGUUUGGAAAGGUGUAUGACAUAGACGAGUACUACCACCGUCUUCAGAUCUUCUUUGAGAACAAGAUGAGGAUUGAAUAUCACAAUAAAGGAAAUCACAAGUUCACGAUGGGACUGAAUCAAUUCUCUGACUUGACCUUUGAUGAGUUCAAAAGAUCAUUCCUUUUGACUGAGCCUCAGAACUGCUCUGCCACCAAAGGUAGUCAUGUGAGCAGCAAUGGACCAUACCCAGACUCAAUAGACUGGAGAAAGAAGGGGAACUAUGUCACCGAUGUGAAGAACCAGGGGCCCUGUGGUAGCUGCUGGACCUUUUCCACUACAGGCUGUUUGGAGUCAGUCACAGCUAUAGCAACAAAGAAACUCCUACAACUGUCAGAGCAACAACUAGUGGACUGUGCCCAGGCGUUCAACAACCAUGGAUGUAAAGGCGGUCUUCCGAGUCAAGCAUUUGAGUACAUCAAGUAUAACAAGGGGCUCAUGACAGAGGGUGAUUAUCCAUACACAGCCAAAGAUGGCACUUGCAAAUUCAAGGCUGACUUGGCUGCUGCUUUUGUUAAGGAUGUGAUCAACAUCACAAAGUAUGAUGAAAUGGGGAUGCUUGAUGCCGUGGCCAGACACAACCCAGUCAGCUUUGCCUAUGAGGUGACUCCGGAUUUCAUGCUUUACGAAAGUGGUGUAUACACCAGCAAGGUCUGCCACAAUACAACAGACACAGUCAAUCACGCAGUACUUGCUGUGGGAUAUGGUGAGGACAAUGGAACGCCCUACUGGAUUGUGAAGAACUCCUGGGGAACAAACUGGGGAAUGAAGGGAUAUUUCUUCAUUGAGCGUGGGAAAAACAUGUGCGGACUGGCUGCCUGCUCAUCUUAUCCACUUCCUAUGGUGUGAACACUGCCUAAUCCAUCUCAUAGGAAAAAAGAGCUGAUAAAGGGAAAUUGAGCCAAAUACCUUUGGGGUUUUUACAGUACAAUAGUUUUACAGAACACAAUUUCAUUUAAAUAAAGUGAACAUAAAAUGUUAAUACGUCUUUCGACUCACAAUAGCAACAAGUUAUUCUCACUGUGCCAUAAGGCGAAACAUGCAUGUGCAGCACCAUGGGCAGACCACUGACCUGGAAGGCGUAAACUCACUGACAGUGUUGUUUACCAAGACACUAACAUGUUACUUUUUGUAGGACAAAUGUUCUUGCUGGUCAGAAUAUUUGCCUGUGUGAAUAGUUUUUUGUUCCCCCCCCAAAAAAUCUGAUUCUGUGUAUACAUGGAACCGGACCAGACUUCACUGGUCACCGAUCAUUCAACUACAAAACACACUGAGUAAGACAUCGUCUUUAGAAGUCUGGAGCUGCAGGGAGUGUCUGUCAGGAAGGUUUACCGCGUACGGUAUCCUCUGGAAGUAGCGUGCAACAAUUAAGAUUUUCACCUAUUUACACCAUUUCUUUUAUAACUCUAAUGUGAAUCUGGCCACAAGGUUUUUUUCAUCUAGAUCAAACUAUUGUAGUGGAAUGACGCUCGAUCUUGGUCCAAUAUGUUUGCUGUGUGCCCCAGGAAUAUAUGAUACAUUCCUACUGCUCAUCAUUUUGUAUAUUGCAUUACUUUGCUGACAAUUGUUCUAAUGAUUUAUGAAAAACAUUUCUAAAAUGUUUAAUGUUUUGUUUCAAAUUGUAUCUAAAAUAAGAUUUUAGUGGUAUUCACUAUCACUAUUGUUAUAAUGAAUAAAAAAAUAUUUCAAUGCUG